AUGCAUCAUCGUUCCUUGCAACCCGUCAUUAUCUUCAGUCGAUUUUCCACCUGGAACAAACUCCUCAGAGCAACAGCGUACGUGCUGAGGUACCUGAAUUAUAUAACUGAAAAGCUCCUUACAACAGGACCCUUACAACAGCCAGAACUUCAUAAGGCUUCCGUUGGUGUACUCAAACUUGUGCAAAAGGAAUCCUUCCCAGAAGAAAUUUCGUCGUUAGAAAACAAACGCAACGAAAAUGGCCAAAAGCCCAUUGGAAAACACAGCUCUAUCUACAAACUGAUGCCUUUCCUAGACGAUGAGGGCCUACUUAGAGAACGGGGACGCAUUGGCGCAGUAGCUGAUGUAGCGUACGAUACUCGUCAUCCUAUAAUUCUUCCAAAGAACCAUUAUGUCACCCAUUUAAUAAUCUUCGAAUUCCACAAACUUUUUCACCACAGAAACAACGAAACUGUCGUAAACGAACUACGACAAAUAUAUUAUAUUCCAAGAAUCCGUGUGUUAGUCAGAAAGAUCAGCAAAAAUUGCCCAACUUGUAAAAUUCGUUUGGCACGGCCGAGAAUUCCAGUGAUGGCUCCUCUUCCGCCAGCACGUCUCGCACACCAUGAACAAGCUUUCACUUACACGGGAUUAGAUUACUUCGGGCCACUUCAAGUGAAGCUAGGAAGAUCUCGAGUCAAACGUUGGAUUGCCUUAUUCACGUGCUUGACCGUCCGUGCAGUUCACCUCGAGGUUGCAUAUUCGCUAUCAACGGAAUCCUGUAUUUCUUGCGUUCGACGCUUUGUAGGCCGGCGAGGAUCUCCAAUGGAGUUUUUUACCGAUAACGGAACCAACUUCCAAGGAGCUGAACGCGCUCUACGUGAUCAAAUUAGCCAGGGACUGUCUGCGACAUUUACCAGUGCGAAUACAAAAUGGAAUUUUAAUCCACCCGGAGCACCGCAUAUGGGGGGAGCGUGGGAGAGAUUGGUGCAAUCGGUGAAAGCUGCUAUGGCAGAUGCCUAUAAAGAUGGGAAACUAGAUGACGAGGGAUUAUAUACAUUGGUCGUGGAGUCGGAAUGUAUGGUCAAUAAGAGGCCUCUGACCUACCUACCUCUAGAGACGGAACAAGCGGAAGCACUCACACCGAACCAUUUUUUGCUUCUGAGUUCGAACGGAAUCAAGGUUCCUAGACGAAACCUUCAAGAAUCGAAUACUUCUAAGGAAGAAUCACACCGUAAGUUACUAGGGAAUUCGUGGGCUGUGAUUCAACAUAAACUUGAUAUUUUUUGGCAACGAUGGCUGGUCGAGUAUUUACCCGUUAUAAGACGUCAGCCAAAGUGGUUUGAGGAAACCAAACCGCUCGAAGCCGGAGAUCUUGUAAUGGUAGUCGAAACAACACAACGGGGCAACUGGGAGCGAGGGAAGAUCAUCGAGAUGUUGGCGAAUCCAGACGGGCGAUCGCGAAAAGCUAUAGUUCAAAUUGGGGCCAAAACAUACGUUAGACCAGUGUCCCGGUUGGCCGUACUCGAUGUACUGACUCGUGAAAUUCCGGAUAUAUCCAGAUUACACCAGGGGGAGGAUGUUAAAGCUGAUGAUUUGGCCACCCGGUCAACUGUGGGGCGCCCCUGA